CUUGGAGAAUGUCUGUCUUCUAUUCACUUAUCUUAAACUAAUUAUAAUUUAAUCAUAUUUGUAACUCAUAAAACGAUACCAAGUUGAGCUCUCUGAAUAAGAGAACAAGGGUUGUUCGACACAUGGAUGAAUGUCGAGAUUCGUAUUCCAACUCUGUUGGUUUUUACCUCCUUCCUCUGGAACUCAUACAGAACAUUCUCCUCACCUUAGCACAGCCUGAAAAUCAUUCGCCUGAAAUUGGUCAACAAAUUCCUCGCCUGUCUCAUGUCGGACCGCAACUUCAUUCAUCACUGCAACCUCCGAUCCAAGUCCGCCGCAUGGCUUUUCCUCUACAAGAAACGGUGGCGUUGCUGCACCAUGCUUUACGGCUUCUCAGAUCAAUCUGUGGCAAUGUUUUCUUCUUUGCCAGUAACACAAGCAAGGUCCACGUGGCACGUCUUCGUGGAGACGAUUCCAGGAUGAAAUCGGUACAAUCCGGGGAACCCGGGUCGGGUCAUUUCCGUCUCAUGUUUGCAGAGAUGGUAGAGGACCGUCCGGUUUUGUUUGUGUACGGCUCGGAAACUGACAAAUGGGAGGACAAGGAGGCAAGAAAAACCAAUAGAGGCUUGACAAGUGUUGGUUUUUUUUUUGAAGAGAGUGAUUUUAUGUAUCUUCCUGUAAUAAAUAGACCUUAUGAGAGUGUUGUAAUCGCAGUCCGAACUACAUCCUAUCUGCCAAUUGUUCUACGGCCAAGGUUCCAUGGGAGCAGAGGAAAUAUAAGCACAAGCGAUCAUCUAUGUGUGUGUGGUGAUGGGUACAUGAUGAUUCUAAGAUCGAAUAAUUUUGACAAUGUCAAAAGAAACGUGAAAAUGUUAUGCAGGAUAGAACCGUGGGGAUUAACCCUGAAUAAGGGUCAAUGGGAGUGUAUUUCAGAAGUUCCUAGUGACCUGAUGAAGGGCAUCAAGAAACCUUAUGGGGCAAUAAUGGGGUUCUUAGAGGAAAGAGAUGGGGUGAUUAGGAUCGUUUUGGAGUCUAAUUUUGAGCGUUUAUGGGACAUAAUUUGACUUUCUUAUGCCAAAAGAGAGGGAAAUUGGAACUGGAUCCCAUUGCCGGAUUGUAGUAUGAAGGGUUUGAACAUGGCCGGAAUCACUUUCUCCUCUGGCCUAACCAGCUUAACAUGAUAACUGCUUUUGUGCCAUUAUGUCUAAUGUAAAAUUGUUACUACAACUAGUUUAAAUGAUAAUCAAGGAUUAUUAGCGGUUGUUCCUUUAACCACCUUUUUAUAAAUUUUUUUUAAUGAUUUUUAUAAAGUAAAGUUUACUUU